AGAGGAACGUGAGGUUCAUAGUGUGCAUGUGAUGCAGAUAAGAGCAUGGCUCGACACAAUCGUGUUGACAUUAGGCAGUUAUGUGGUAUGAAAGUGUUCGAGGUCAACGAAGAUUGUCGCAAAGAUCUUGCGCGUAGAAACAAACACAUCGACUAAUUUUCCUGUUACGAUGACAAAAUGAAAUUCCAUCUCCGUGUCGGAAUAUUAAUAAACAUUAUAGUAUUUGCGUGUUUCAUGCUUUGGUGGAAGUCAUCACCUGCAGACACUUCUCUUACGAGUAUCUUUUCAUGCGACCCUUACUUGAAAACACGUGUUGGAGGAAAAGGAUCAGGAAAGAACCAUAGGAGACAUGACAUAGAAGGAACAGUUGAAGAAUUCUUUAAUGCAAUGCCAAUGCUUGGAGAUGAUCCAUUCGUUGAUAGAGUAUUGAAUACAAGCUCACAUUUUUGCAACGGGAAUUUCGUCGGCUACGCUGGUCUGUUUGCAAAACUACUAAAUGUGGUCGUUGAUAUUUCUUACGGCACAGGGCGGAAAGGGGGCGAGCAUCUAUCUGAGGUGUUACACCAACCAGAGACUAAAGAGUUUUAUACGUAUAAGACUGGAUUUUUUCAGUUACCCUGUAGUGAAAGGGUACAGUACCCAUUUAUGGGUGACAGUCAGCAUUUAAACGCAUGGAUGGGAAAUGGAUUACAAACUAAUUUGAAUACAUUUUCAUCAGCGUCCAUAAAACAUUCCGAUUUUGCGAUAGCUAUUACAAGGUACGAAUAUGUUAAUUUUUACCACACGAUGACUGACUUCUACAAUGUGUUUCUAAUGUUGAAGUUGUUUCAAAUCCAACCGGGAGACGCCACGAUACUCUGGAUCGACGGUCACCCGAAAGGUGGUCUUGAUGCAACGUGGCGAACUCUGUUUGGUAAGGUAUAUCGAGUAAGCAAAUUGAAAAAAACAGUCCAGUUUAAAAACAUGGUCUGGAGCAUUGUUGGUUACGAAAGUCCACUAGACAAUCAUCGGCUACCUUCUGUGCCAUACCUCGAAGAGUUUAGACAAUUCUUUUUGUCUCAGCACAGGAUAAGUUUAAAGUACGAAUCAAAUUGUGAUAAGUUAAACAUUCUUAUUAUCUGGCGACACAAUUAUGUCGCUCAUCCUCGCAAUCCAACCGGAAGCGUAUCAAGAAAGAUAAAAAAUGAGGACGAAUUGUUGAAAAAAAUAAGCGAAAGCUUUCCAACUCACAACGUGAAAGGCAUCCAGAUAGACGCGUUGCCCAUGCAGAAACAGCUUGAAAUCAUUGCACGGACAGACAUUCUUAUCGGCAUGCACGGGGCUGGGUUAAGCCACACUCUAUUCUUGCCAAGGCACAGUGGCCUUGUUGAAAUGUUUCCCGCGUAUUAUACCUAAAAAAAUCGCCAUUUUAGAGCGAUGGCUUGUUGGAGGAACUUAUUGUACAGUUCAUGGGAAAAUAAAGAUUACCUACGAGAGUUUUUUAAUAAAAGCACUAAUGUAGACCAAAACGAAGUAGCAAAGCAGGUAUUGAAAAUU